AAGCAGCAGAGGGGAAAUCCCCAUCCUAGCCAAGUGAGUUUGGACGAGGUUGAGAAAUCAUGUGCUCAGUCAGAUGAUCAAAAACCAGAACGCAAAAUCUGGUCUUGACCUCUCUAACUAGGCCACAGUAAGUGGGCUUUCAUAACAUCAGUAUAUUAUGAAAUUUAGAAUACACUGAGAUCAACUCAUAACUGGAGUGCACGGGACAACAUUCACCAGUUACAAUAAAUCUGGUUUAAGGAUUAGGAAAAGUUAACUGUUUCCUCUAUUCAGAAAAGAAAAUUAGGACAGAGAGUUAUGUUAGGUUGACGGAGCAGUCAUGCAUGACAUUCCAAAAUAUCUAUUGUCAUGUCAAAGGUCAGGAUAGGUGGAUUCAAGCUUCGCCUCAUUAAAGGAACCCACCUGAGUGGAUGUACACUGGAUGUUUACCUAACAGAUUUAUUCUAAGCUAAUUGUGGUUGCUUUUUAUCUAAAUCUGAUUAACUGUCAAGAUUAGUGGAAUUAUCAGCACUGGGCAGCUGUGCCAGAGGUAAACUUUCCUUGGACAGUAGACCUUGCCUGUGGAAUACAUAUUUAUAUAACAUAAAGUGUGAACAUGUGAUGGAUGCCGGGAGACCAAUCAAAUAGACAAAUGUGACAGGACAUCAGGACUCUUGUGAGGAGGUUGUAAGCUCUUCUACUGUGUUGUCAUCUACCAUAUGGAUGGUUAAUUUGGAGGGAAAACUGGUUUACUUUGGUGGCACAGAAUUUUUUUUUUCUGGGGAUAUUAUUCUUGCCAUAAUUUAUUUCUGGAGAAUAUGAUAAUUUAGUGGAAGCCUCUGCUGGAUAAUAUUCGCUCUGGAAUUGUUUUUCUAUGAAAAUUGAUAUAUACUUCAUACAUAUAGAGCAAAAGUUCCACAUUGUUGGACAUAGCAAGGAGACUUGUGAUAUUGAUCGAUUGAUAAAUGGCUGUAUCGUGUGUAGUACUUGUUGUUUAUGCAGAUUAUCCAGAUAUGUUUUGCGGGAAUACUAGUUGAAUGUAUGUGAACACUUUUGUUCUUGGAAAUUUAGAGUUUUACUGAAUAUUAAUUGCAGUCAUGUAUCAACAGAAGAAAUUGGAAGUUACAUAAAGUCUUAACGGUUUUGGAACAGCCAUGUGGUAGCUAUUGUCUGUUGAAAAAAAAGUGGUUUUUGCUUGCAACGAUUGCCAACUUUCUGUUUUUACCUAUCAACUGGUAUACACAAAAUACCUGUUUUUGAUCCCUGGAGUCCUAUAAUAAAUAUCCUGACAAACCUUGGAGUAAGUGAAAAAGGAAGUGCAGAGUCAUUAACCAAUUGUAUUGCAUUCAAUCAACUAGAGACAGGGAAUUGUGUGUGUAUUUUACAUGACUGGAAUUUCCACUGAUGAAGUGUCCAAGUGAUUGCAGUGGUGGUUACAUGGUGCCAAAAGUCAUGUGCAGCAUCUGUAUCGAGGAAUAUUCAGGCUACAAUGGAGGUUAUGGACCAGCAACGGUAAGAAUGGUGUCCAAUAAUGGGCCACCUCUUCCAAUGCCCAUGCAGGUGGCACCCGGACACAUGGUCCAACAAAUUGUGGACGAACACGGGAUAUUGACGCAUGUGUUCCUGUCUGCCCAGCCCACCUCAAUGCCUGUCGGUGGACCUUCAAUGACGGUAGGAUAUUAUGGUGGACCAAACAACACACCGCCACAUGCACAGUAUUACCAAGGCUAUGGGCCCCCCUACCCAGCACAUCAUUACCCCCAUCAUCACCCUACCACACAUCAUGGGGCGUCCCCCCAUGUCCACACAGGGGCACCUACACACCCCCAUGGAACCCCCACACCUCCUAGCUGUAAUAACCCCAGCGGACCAGUACACACAGGACCAAGCCAACCUAAUUCGAUGGAAGGCAGGGCCAAUAAGCAGAGGGAAAGGGCCAGGAGGAAAUUUGAAGAGAGGAGGAACCAGGGGUACUAUCCCCCGCAACCACGACCCCGAAUCAAUGGGAAACAGAAGGAAACCCAUGCUAAACCAGUGCCCUAUGAGUACCAACAAUAUCAAGGUAAUGGUAUGAAUGGAGACAGCUUGCCUCCAGGGGACACAGGGCAAACAGAGCUGGCAGAGGAGAGAAAGGUCAUCCAACAAGUGCUGUCUGGUACCCCAGACCCAGUGGUGUCAGAAAUUGAAGCCAGAAGUGCUUUAAUUCAGUUAGCACUUCCUGAGUGGGACCCUAAUGAGUUUGACAUAGAUCCUGCAGAUUUCCGGUUUACACUUUUACUGUCAGAUAAGGGAAAGGAGGGCAAAUACAAAUUAGUUUACAGUGGGGAUGCCACAGAAAUAACAUUGAAAGAUCUGAAGCCCGCCAUCGAUUACCAUCUCAGAGUGUAUACCUCAUUAGAAGAUAUAAAAGGGAACACCACAGAGCCAGUGAAGUUUACAACCAGUGCCUGUGAACCCGACCCUCCCUCACCCCCAAAACUUGCCAACAAGAAUAAAACCUCGAUUACCCUCAAAUGGAAUAGCACCUGUGAAAAUGGGGCAAAAAUUUCCACAUACACUCUGGAAAUGGAUAAGGGAAAUGGUGAAUAUGUUGAAGUGUACAAUGGCUUACAGAGGCAGACCAGAAUCAAUAAACUACAGGUGUCAACCAAAUACACAUUUAGACUUGCAGCCAUUAAUUCCAUUGGUAAAAGCGAGUACAGUGAGCCAGCGUCUUUCUACACCAGCGGCAGCGUCCCCAGCCAGCCUGACCCCCCCAUGUUAUCAGAACCCUUCACCACCUCCCUCAUCAUCUCCUGGAUCAAGCACCCCAAUGAGGACCUCUUCCAACUCCAGAUGGAUGACGAAUCUACUGGUCAUGGCUUUAUUGUGGUGUACAAUGGACCAGACUUAUCAUACAAAGUCAAAAACUUGCUAAGAAACACCGAGUAUAAAUUCAGAUUAGCAGCUCUCAACGAUGAGGGACAGAGUAAAUGGAGUGAGGUGGUAGCCUACAGAACAAAGCCAGACAGACCGGCUCCUCCCCCCAAACCACAGAUCAAGGGCAAGAUACAUGCCUACAAUUUCAGGGUUGUGUGGGAGCCCCCCAAGGACAAUGGAGGAGCAGAAAUAACCAAGUACAUUGUUGAAAUUGAUGAUGGACGAGGUUAUGAGACACUGUAUGAGGGGUCAGAAAGAGAACAUGUCUGUGAUCGUCUAACGCCAGGCCAGAUGUACAUGGUCCGGGUGGCCUGCUGUAACGUGGCCGGAAGGAGUGAGUUUUCCGAGCCAUGCGGUGCUACCACACAAGCUGUUGUGCCGGGGCAGUGCCAAGUGCCAAAACUACAGGGCAAGCCAAAAGCAACAUCUCUGCAUUUAAGAUGGGCAAAUCCAGAAUACGAUGGUGGUGCUACGGUGUCGGAGUUCGCGGUCCAGAUGGUGACCCCUGACAAUGCGUGUCGGGAGGUGUACAAGGGGAGGGACCUGGACUGCAUCGUGGCUGGGCUGUCUCCAGGCAGACCUUACCUGUUUCAAGUCCGAGCUUUUAACAGAGUCGGGGGAGGAGGUUGGUCUGACCCAUUUGAAGUGGUCAGUGGUGCAGGAGUACCUGAUCCCCCCAAAGCUCCACAUGUGGCGUGUAAAUCUGCGUAUUCAGCCCUAGUCUCCUGGGAACCUCCGGUCAACAAUGGUGCUACAAUCACAGACUACCGUCUGGAAUGGCAGCAGAAGACUGAAGUCACAGAUUUUGCUAUGUUGUACACUGGUCCCAACCAGAGUUAUGAAAUCAAAGGUCUCACCCCUGCCACCUUGUACCUCUUUAGGGUUCAGGCAAUCAAUAGUGCUGGUCAGGGCCCGUACAGCCCUGUGGCGUCGUGUGUCACCCCUCCCUCUAGUCCGUCAUCCGUCACUAUCCACCGACAUACUGCCACUGCCACAUCCAUUACACUGUUCUGGAAGGAGCCCAACUCCAACGGCAACGAUAUCACUGCCUACAAUCUGGAAGUGGGGGACAAACAGUUCACAAUAGGAGCUGUGACUGAGUAUACCAUAGAGACAUUGCAGCCAGAGACUCCCCACAAGAUAAGAAUACAGGCUGUGAACAGUAUUGGUGUGGGUCCGUUCAGUGCCCCGGUCAGAGUGACCACCAGACCCCUCCCUCCCAAUCCUUCCAAGCUGGAGUGUAUCGCCCCAGCCCCUAACAGUCUCAAACUCAAGUGGGGGGACCAGCGCGGCCUGGAUACAAAUCACUACACAUUAGAAAUGGAGAAAGAAGAUGGAAACUUCCAAGUGAUAUACGAAGGUUCCUCGCAUUUCUUCAAGGUCAACAAGUUACAGGAAACCACCAAUUACAACUUCAGAAUUUAUGCAAGUAAUGACGUGGGAAGUGGCCCCUAUUCAGAGAUCUAUACAUUCAGUACCACCAAGGCACCUCCGCCUGCAGUAAGAGCUCCUCGGGUGUCCAAUCUUAGUCAGCAGACCUGUAGCAUUGAGUGGCAGCCUUGCAAAGCAAUCCAGGGCAGCUCCUUGGAGUACGUCCUGCAGUUACAAGGGGAACAGGAAUAUCAAAAGAUAUACAGAGGAGAAGACACAUGUUUCCAGGUGGAAAACUUGUCUCCUAAAUCAGACUAUCACCUGCGUGUAUGUGCAAUAAGAAUCUGUGAGGACGGCUCGGAAGUAGUGGGGGCCUUCAGCCCAGUAGUGUCCUUUACAACACAAGGUCACGAGCCUGUCAGUCCACAGGAAGCAGACGUUAAACAGGAGUCCAAACUGGUCGAGUCCAAACCGCUAACGGACCAACAGUGGGCCAUGAUCAUUUUAAUGGGCUUUGUCGUAUUUGCUGUCCUUGUUGCUAUCAUUGCUCAGCAAAUCAUUAAAUACAGAUCCAGUUCGAUUCCCAGAUGAGAGAACCAGAUGUUUUUCUACCAGUUUGAAGAGAUGGGGGAAAUUUCCAUGGAUUCAAAUGAACUGACCUGCAUAUCGCUUCAUGGGAGUGCCACAAGAUCUGCUUCAGUGGGUGUUUCCACGCAUUAUUAUGAUCGAGAUCUGAUUCAGCGAGACUGGCUGGUGGCCGGCCAAAACAAGGGGAGAUAAUCGAUGUGCAGCAGUAAAUCCAUGUAGAUUUAUGAUUGUGAUAUUUUUCUUCUGUUCAGAGUUGUUUGAUUUAGAAACAGCAUUUACAUGUUAUCUUGAAAUUUUAAAGAUUCUUUAUCAAUAUUGCUAGUGAAAUUGUUGGGCAUGCUUGAUGUCUUUGCAGAGUACUGCAGUCUAAUUGGAUCAAUGUUCACAGCUUUUUCUCCUUUAAAUCAGGCUUAUUUGUGAUGUCUCUUGGUUUUAACAAUAGGAAAUAAUAAGAAAUCUUAUUUUUGAAGAUUUGUACAUUCUCCAAUAUUUUAUUGUCCAUUAGAAUGUUGUGUACAUAUUAUAUAUGUAUAAAGAUAUAUUUUCACAGCUUCCAUGACUUUGUGUUAGAUGACCAAUGUUAAUUAUGUGGUAACACUGCUUCUCAUAUAUUUUAUUUAUUUUAUUGCCAAAAUCAGAAAGAGAAGGGACUCGGUUUUCUCUGUUUAGUCAUGGGGAUAGUAUCCUUAUCAAAUAUCUCUGUGUUAAGAACAGUUCAAGAGCUGGUGUAUGUAGAAGCUUCUUUGAGGAUUUCUUAUCUGUGUGUACAUCUUGUUAUAAUUGUUUAUCGUAUCCCCUUCAGACAUCUUUCUUUCCCAUUAUUCAUCAUGGUGGCAGACAUAUUCCCAUUCAAAUCCAUUAACAAGAGACCCACAGAAUUAAAUGUCUGACCAGUGUCCAUCUAACCAAUGAAAGCAACAGAUUUACAGAUACAUGAUACGGUGUAUAGUAAUGGGGCAUGAUAUAUGUUAAAUGUGCCUCAUUCAUUGAAGUCUUUUUGAAUUUUGUUGUCUCUUUCUUUGCCCUUGGCCUGCAUUAUUCAGUGUGUAGUCCUGGUUGUAGCUGUUGCAUUUGUUAACACAGCUUCAAUAUAAAUGUGCCAAAUGGUUAUUAUGUGUAACCAGUAUAUGUCUAUAGUAGAUGCAUUUUUUUCUUUGUUUUCUUUGAAUAUUAUUCUCCCUCACUAUUUCAAGCCAUGUAACUAAGAUAUACUACAGUGCAUUACAACUGGAUUGCAUUUUUAUAAUAACAAGAAAAAGAAGAAGAUUUUAUUCAUUCGUUCUCCCAAUAUGGGUUUGAAAUUCAGCUGAAUGAAAUCAGUGUUGUUAAUACCUAUCGAGCUGCAAUCCUGUUUAAAUAUUGAACUGUGUCAACAGCUAUGACAAGUAUUUGAAUGAGAAAAACAAAGGACCCAAAUGGUGGGCAAAGAUUUUGACAUUUGACCUGUUAGUCUGUGAAACAUGUAUGUGUAGUAUGUAAUUUUGACUUGCACUGUGCACUAGUUACUGGUAAUAUUUUUUUUUUUAUUUGUUAAAAACCCUCACUAGUCAGACGUUGCUGUGUUAUAUUCUUGACAUGUAUAUUCUGUGGUAAGCAAUCAAAUGACCAGUCCACAAUAAUGGCCAGGUUCGGGAUUUCUAUAUAUAUGUGUAUUUAAUUUGCAUACUAUUGCCAUCUGUUUAAAUGUAUUUAAAUUGUUUUGAUUCAGAAAACAUGGGGAUUGAUUUCACCUUCAUUUUAAUGUAAUUUAUGGCAUAUGCAGUCAUUCAAUAUUGAACAAUCAGAGUUAGCCUACAGUAUUUGUGAUAAAUGUUACCACCACUGCUUAAUAUUCCCUGUCCUCAGUCUUUUAUUACCGGUACUACAUGUAGUUGGCAAAAAUAUUAUGCACAUAUAUUAUUCCUACUUAACAGUGAUUAUUUCAUGUGAAUCAAUUAAGACAAGAGGUGUCAAUUUUAAAAGGAAACGCAGAUAAAUAGAAUGCACAGUGCAUUAAAAUACAUAUUUAUAUCGAUACUCUCUCCAUAUUGUCAAAAAAUAAGGUAGAAUCAUAAUUAUAGACAUCACAUGUAACAAGUCACCAGUAGAAAAGAAAAUGCAUGUCACCGUAGGAUGGUUGUGUAUGCCGACGUCACUGUAGGACUUCAAGUGACCUUGCUUCGUAGUCUAGAUCACACAGAUCAGAAUCCAUUUUGCCUUGAAAUCUGAUUAUUCCUUCAUUAGAAAAGGAGACAUAGGCAUCUCUUGAUUAUUUCUCAUCCUCUUUUUUAAAAUUUUUUUAUUUUAUCAGCCGUUUACAGAUCAGAUAAUAGAGUUUGUUUUAAGGGAAUGGGAAAUUUAGCUUGCUGAAUAUUUUGGAAGAUGGAUUGUCCAAUACAUGGAGUUGCCUGCCCUUGCCAUUUGAUGUCUCUAACAUGCCCUGUAUUGUGACUCAAAAGAAAUUGUUGAAUUACUUUGUUGUUAUAUUGUUAUUUUUUGAACAGGUUGUAUUUUUCAUAAGCAUGACAAAUUUUCUUUUGUGUUCAGUCCAUUUUUUUUCAUUAUAAGUGACGGGUUUGAAGUUUCCACUGAUUCAGGGUAUUGGUGUCAUUUCCUACUCUGCUGUUUUCUAGCUGUUACUGGUCAGGUACAGAUCAAAACUAAAACUUUAUCUUAUCACUAGAAGGCAAUAAACAUUACAGAAAUCACAAAACUAAUCAUAAAGAAAUAUUUUUUUACUUUAGGUGAACUUGAGUUUAUUUUUUCAAUUCACCUUGUCAUUUGUUACAAUUCUACAUUUUUUUCCUUAGAUUAAAGGGAUCACCAUUAUCUCUAUUCUGUAGACCCCCCCCCCCCCUUUUUUAUACACCUGUUAAUCUAUCUAUUAGCUCCAUUUUUUUUAAUUUACCUUUUCACUAGGGUACUUUGCAUCUAAUUUUGGUUCAAUGAGACUGACUGCACUUUUUACUAAAAAGGCACAAUGGGUGGGAACAUGGUAGGACAGAUUAAAAAUGUCCGACACUUGUUAAGUUAUUGUUAUUUAUUAAUCUGGUUUGAGAAUGUGUAUUACUACAUAUUGAAUAGAAAAAGGAACUGCAAAUUUUUUGGUUUCUGGCCAGUAUGGCACAAGUGCAAUAUAAUUAACUUCUGAAGCAAAGUUGAUCUGGUCACUUUGUAUUGUGUAUAUAAGUCCAUGUAUUUGGUUGUCUUAUGAUAUUAAUUAUCUUCAUUCACAUACUGUUAUAGUGCAUACAUUUAGGCAUUUGCCUUUUGCUUUAUUCAUUAUGGUAGGUUAGCAUGCAUUGUGUAGAAACAACCUUUUUUCUUUCAAUUUUUUGUCACUUGAAGUUCUUGGAAAGAAAGCAGAAUGAAUUUCAUGGGGGAUACAUUUCAUUUUUUGGUUGAGUAGCUACUUCACAAUGGUUUUUGUUUCAAGUUAUAAUCAUUAUGUGAUGAUGGGACAUAAGUAAUUAUUAUAUAAAUAUAUAUAUACAUAUAAAAUAUAUUCUAUCAAAUAAAUUUAUCAAAUUGAA